AGAUGGAAAAAUAAUUUAAAAUUCAAAAUAUAUGCAUAUCGGUAAAUGAAAUGGUUCACAAUUUACAUAAACAACAGGCGCCAGGCCGCAUCAUUAAAAAUCCAACAAGUGCACGCAAAGAAUUUGGGAUUGAAUAUGGAAAGUCGCAGUUAUCCACAGGCAUGAAAAACAUUAUUUUGCCAAGGAGCGCCAAUUUUGUUAUACGAGACGGGGAUUCGAUUUCAAGGGGACCACCUUGCAGACAACUUGUCGUCGAGAAGGAAGGAAAAUCGACACCUGAAACGCUGCCCGUAGGCUCAAGUUCAACCAACCCAUCGGUGGAUGUAAAAUGCUUGUUUAUUGGCUUUGCUAACGAUUGCAUUUUCAUUCCGGCUGACAUCGGCAGAAGUUUGCCGACAUUUUACACGCGCUUGACAACGAAAUCCAAUACGAAUUGGCUAAAAAGGUUGGCCAUUACAAAUAAAAACAAAUUAUUGAAGAGGCAAUGCAAAGUAUUUAACGUAUCCGACCUGGCUGCAACGGAAAGAUCUUGUAAGUGCUAGUAACUUGGCCAGAUGCCAGAAUUCUGGAAUGGAAUAUGAAUGGCGGAAAACUCUCACCGAUAAUGGCAAUAUCGGACGUGAGGCAUUACAGUGGGAUCAAGCAAUUAAGAUCAAUAACCAUGAAAAGCCAAAUGCUGCUUUUCCGUCGAAUGGCCCAUAACAAUGUGAAGCCUUUUGCGUUUCAAUAAUUGAUAAGCUAUCGGUGAGAGGGUUCCGCGUACUCCAUGGCCUGAUUUUGCGGAUAAAUGUAAUAAAUUGAUUUUAGCAACAACAACAACCUUGACCGUGGAAGAACACAAUCCAUUUGUGGGAGGGAAAAUCGAUUUUAAACCAAACAAAAUAUACCCACGCAAUUUCGCUUUCCACCUGCAUAAUUUACGAAUUUUCCCACAUACACUACUUAAGCAGACUUUUCGCAU